GGAACAAAAUAUCUGGAAGCGGACGGUGAAGUGUCACGUCGUCUGCGGCACCCAUCGGCUGACUUUUACCUGUUUCUCUCUCUCUCUCUCUCUUUGCUCUGUGAGAACUGGAGCCGGAGGAGCGCGGCGCGGCGCGGAGGGGAGAGUGUGAGUGACUCGGGCAGGACCGGGACGCACGGACACGCAGAACCGCAGCUCCACGCUUCUUGAUAUCCACGCUCAGUCUGUCAAGAGAUGAGAGGGGGCUGCGUGGGGACGACCGGGCUGCUCCUGCUCGUCUGCGUAAAGGUUGCUGUGUGGGCCAAUGAUGGAGACGCAGUGUUCAUCAGAGAAUUCACUCUGAUUCGACGAGACCACCUCCCCGAAGAGCCUCUCCAUGACAGCAGCCAAAGGCCAGAGGACCCAAGCUCACGGACGGCCCGCUCGGAAGAAGACAGAGACACGCUGUGGGAUGCCUGGGGCUCGUGGAGUGAGUGUUCCCGCACCUGUGGAGGAGGAGCCUCGUACUCCCUGCGACGAUGCCUUAGCUCCAAGACCUGCGAAGGGCAGAAUAUCAAAUAUCGCACAUGCAGUAAUGUGGACUGCCCUCCAGAAGCUGGUGAUUUCCGUGCCCAGCAGUGUUCAGCUCACGCAGACGUGCGACACCAGGGUCAGUACCAUGAGUGGCUGCCUGUGUACAACGACCCGGACAACCCCUGUGCUCUCAAGUGCAAAGCCAAAGGUUCGGGCCUUGUGGUGGAGCUGGCGCCCAAGGUUCUGGACGGGACUCGCUGUUACACCGAGUCCUUGGACAUGUGUAUCAGUGGAGUCUGCCAGAUUGUAGGUUGUGAUCAUGAGCUGGGGAGCACAACAAAGGAGGACAACUGUGGUGUCUGCAAUGGAGACGGCUCAUCCUGCCGACUUGUGCGAGGACACUACAAAUCCCAGCAUGCUUCAGGAAAAACUGAGGACACGGUCGUCGUCAUCCCCUACAAGAGUCGUCAUGUGCGUCUGGUUCUGAAAGGCCCGGAUCACUUGUAUGUGGAGAGUAAGACGCUGCAAGGGGUCAAAGCUGAACUGGUCUUUGACGCAGCAGGGCAGUACCAUCUGGAGAACACCACCCUGGACUACCAGAAACUCUCUGACAAGGAGAUCCUGAGAGUCACUGGCCCACUUGGAGCUGACUUCACUGUCAAAGUCCAGUUGUCCAGUGGAGCAGACAGCGUGAUCCAGUACAUCUACUACCAGCCGAUCAUCCACCGCUGGAGAGAGACCGACUUCUUCCCCUGCUCCGUCACAUGUGGUGGAGGUUACCAGCUCACCUCUGCAGAGUGCUUUGACCUACGCAGCGACCGAGUGGUUGUGGAUCAAUACUGCCAUUAUUACCCAGAGAACGUCAAACCCAAACCCAAACUGCAGGAAUGCAACAUGGACCCUUGCCUGGCCAGUGAUGGGUACAAGCAAAUUAUGCCGUAUGACCUCUACCACCCCCUGCCCCGAUGGGAGAGCAGUCCCUGGACUGCCUGCUCAACUUCGUGCGGCGGGGGCAUCCAGAGUCGCUCAGUGUCCUGUGUAGAGGAAGACAUGCAGGGAACCAUCACUCUCACAGAGGAGUGGAAGUGCCUCUACUCCCCGAAAACGGCCAUCCUGCAGCCCUGCAACACCUUCGACUGUCCCACCUGGCUAGCACAGGAGUGGUCACCCUGCACGGUGACCUGUGGACAGGGUCUGCGCUACAGAGUGGUGCUAUGCAUUGAUCACAGGGGGCUCCACGCUGGAGGCUGCAACCCCACUACCAAACCCCACAUCAAGGAGGAGUGCCUGGUGACCGUGCCCUGCUACAAGUCCAUAGAUACGCUCCCAGUUGAGGCGAAACCUGUGUGGCAUAAGCAGGCGAUAGAGCUGGAGGAGGAGAUCACAGUGACGGAGGAGCCAACCUUCAUCCCUGCUCCCUGGGAGCCCUGCAGCAGGACGUGCGGCGCGGGAACCCAGCGACGCACGGUCAAGUGCCAGGUGCUGCUCUCCUUCUCCCAGACUGUGGCGGACCUGCCCGAUGACGAGUGCGACGGGCCCAAACCUGUGGCAAGCCAGCCCUGCUACCGUAACCCCUGCUCUGGUGUCGCGGGCCAAGCAAAAGAAAGCAAAAGGGAAGGGGAAGAAGAAGAGGAGGAGGAGGAGGAGGAGAAACCUGAAAGAGAGGAAUUGCACGACUGGGAAUAUGAAGGAUUUACGGAGUGCUCGGAGAGUUGUGGGGGAGGUGUGCAGGAGGCUGUGGUGAUCUGUCUGAACAAGCAGACCAGGGAGGCAGCAGACCAGAGCCUGUGCGUGAGCGCCCGUCGCCCCCCGCAACUCCUGCAGGACUGCAGGACUCAGCCCUGCCCACCCAGGUGGGGAACAGGUGAAUGGAGUUCUUGCUCUGCGACCUGUGGGGUUGGUCUGAUGACCCGCACUGUGGCUUGUACCCACCGUCCAUCUCGGGACAGCAACCAGACUGAGGUUUUGAGGGAUGAAGACUGUCAAAAUCCCAAACCCAGUCCCGUCCAAGCCUGCAACCGCUUUGACUGCCCUCCUAUGUGGGACACAUACGACUGGGGAAAGUGCUCCCAGAGCUGUGGCGGUGGAGUUAAAAGGAGGAAGGUCCUGUGCAAGCAGCGGCUGGCAGAUGGCAGCAUCUUGGAGUUACCUGACACUUUCUGCCCUUCCAGAAGCCCAGCAAGCCAGCAGCCCUGCACCAAGCAAGAGUGUCCACCUCACUGGGUCACAACAGACUGGUCCCAGUGUUCUGUGACCUGCGGAAAUGGCAUUCAGACUCUCCAGGCCAUCUGCAGGAAACUCGGGGAGGAUGGGCGUUACUCGACAAUAGACACUAAGAACUGCACCCUCAUUGGCCGACCGACCAGAAUCCGACCAUGCUUGCUCAGGCUCUGUGAAAACCCUAGCAAGCCUGAGCCCACCAUACUGACCCAGAAGAAGGUCUACAUCCAGUGGAGGAAGGGCAGGAAGAUACAGUUGGCAGUGGGAGGCCAUGGUUACCUCCUGCCCUGGACAACUGUGGUCCUCCGCUGCCCGACACGCCACUUCCGCAAAGGCCAAAUUCGAUGGCUGAAGGAAGGGAAACCCCUGCUCAGCCUCCCACACCUCUCCAUAACACCACUGGGAUACGUGAAGAUCCACCAGCUCCGUGCGUCUGACGCUGGGAUUUACACGUGCGCAGCAGGCCAAGCACGAGAGCAUUUUGUCCUCAAGAUCAUUGGCAGCAAAAAUAAGCUCUCAGUUCCCCAGUCAUGGCUCCUCACAGAGGGACAACAAAAGAUAGUUCAGUCUGACUUGGCCUCAACAGGAGACAUAUUUCAAAAGCUACCCAUUUCCCUCAACCAAUAUGACAACAUUGUUGAGCAUUUGCUUGAACUCAAAGGCUUUGUCCAAGAUGAGAAAGACAUCACUGAUAAACGACACUCUGGUGAAAAGCAGGACGAGAGAACCAGCGUGGAAGCUUCUGGCCCAGUCGUACUCAUCGCUGACACAGACAGGCUGGAUGAGAUCAUGCACAGCCUCUCUGAAGGCCUAGGGGGAUCACAAGGAGAACAACUCAUUGCUCAGUUGCUCAGUGAGCUCACCAUGACACAAGGUGAAACGAAUGACUCUACUCUUCACCCACCAGAGAGUGCAGAAUUCUCUACCCAAGGACCGCCUCUUUACAAACCGAAAAUCCACGCCACCAGGCCAAGAAACCCGGUAGUAAUCCAACGGCCCAGGAAGGUUGGAGUCGUACCGUCGCCUGAAAUGAUAGUUCAUGUAGGUUUGCCAGCUGUCCUGCAGAAACCAGUUGCUAGUUUGGAGUUGAGAUGUGAGGCACUGGGGAGCCCUGAACCAUCCCGAACGUGGACAAAGAAUGGAAAAGAGUUGCUCUACAAUAGCAGAGUAGGCCUGUUGCCCACUGGUUCACUUCGGAUUCAGUCUCCGAGCAAAGCAGACGAGGGUUUGUACACGUGCACCGCCAGGAACCGUUUUGGGUCUACAUCUCUUUCGUCUUGGCUUCAGAUCACAGGAAGCAAAGGAAAGAAUUGUGGCCAAGGUAGCAGCAUGGGAGCAAAUGGCUCGAUUUGCUCUGAGAGGAGUAACAGCAGCCAAUCGGCAGAGCUGUGCCAUGGACAAAGCUGUCGCCUCAGUUGGAUUAGGUGGCGAGUUGAUCCUUGGUCCCUGUGUUCAGCCACUUGUGGAGGUGGGUCCCAGACCAGGAGUGUCCGCUGCAUGAGGGGUCCUGAGGGAAGGUCUAGAGAGGUGGAGGGCCAGCUCUGCCUUGACACAGGCAGGAGACCCUCUGACAGCAGGCUAUGCAACCUCCUGCCCUGUGCCAGAUGGGCCACCACCUCUUGGGGGCCGUGUCAUGGUCAGUGUAUAGGUCCAAGUCUGGCCACACAGCACCGCCAUGUGUUCUGCCAAAACACGAACGGCACCAAAGUCCCACACAGGAUGUGUAGUGGACUCCACAGGCCCAGCUCUCUGAAGAAUUGCUCCACAGAGGGCUGCUCCCUCCACUGGCGCGUCGGCCCGUGGACCCAGUGCACUGCCACCUGUGGAAGACACGGCUUCCAGUCGCGUCCAGUUACCUGCGCUCACCGUCGAACCAGCAAGGCCACACGGGAACAUCACUGCAUGUGGAGGCCUCGCCCUCCCAGUUGGCAGCGGUGCAAUAUUUUGUCCUGUGGAAGAGCAGGAGAAUGUCGAGACAGCACGAGGUACUGUGAGAAGGUUCGACAGCUGGAGCUCUGCCCACUGCCCCAGUUUAAGAGUCGCUGCUGCCACUCCUGCCAAAACACCUGAAACGCGGAUGGGGGACGAGAGAUGAAGGCUGUGGAAAACCUGAAUUAGCCAGGGAAGGACCCAACAGAGACUUGAACCCUCUACGCCCCAUCCCAAUGCCAAUUUUGAUUAACGGUUUUGGAUGGGGAUACCUCUGUGUGGGGGAAUGUUGGAGAGGCUGUGAUCUAUUUUCGUCAAAAGAUGCCAUGUGUGGGUUUCAAUUACAAAGUAAUGUUUUGAGAGGAGUGACGUGUCUGUUAAUGAAGGCUUCGGUUUUACUUCAUCCCUUUAAAUUCGGGGGUACAACAGCUUUCACAAGUGACAUAAAAGUGAAACACAUGGUCACUGUGAUCAUAAAAAACUUGUGGCGACUGCAUGAUUUCAUAAAGGGGAAGAGUCAUUUUCUGAGACCUACAUCACUGAUAUUUGAUGUUUGCUGAAAAUAUCAAUAACAUAAGCAUACAGUACACAAAUAGGAAAUCAGUAUACUUUUGAAAUUGCCCAGGGAAUCUUGGUAGACCUCUGAGUUUGUGAAGACCACUGGAAAGUUGUGUGUUUUCCUUUAUUGCAAUGGUUUUCAAAACAGUAUUGUUUAAUAGUUAAGAUGCUAAAUGAGCUUUCAUCUAUGCGGUGUGGGUAUACUCUUGUGUAAAACUGAAAUACAACAUAGUUGCUGCAUAUAAACAAUGGGAAAAAGAUAAUGUGACUAAAAGCCUUGAAAUUGAUAAAUGGUAUGCAUUUGGUAUUAGCCAUCUGAUCUAGGCUACCAUUUUGGGUCAUUUAGCACGCGUUGACAGCAGUGAUUGGUCAAGUCGUUUAAAGAGGGAAGGAAUUAGGAUCGCAGAUGUUUUCACUGCAUUGUUUUGGCAGAACAGAAAGUAGGAAUGCGAUUAAAAGAUUUCUCUUGAAUGGGUUGCACUAAUGGAGGUAUGUGACUGAAGCAAGUCGGUUUAUGGAAAAAGGUAAUUUUGCACUCAACUCAUGCAGGUCUUUGUUGAGAACAUGGCUUGUAGAGUUUCUUUUUAAAUCUAGUUUGUGAGGUCAAAUUGUUUAUAUAUAUUUUGUUUUCAAAUGUGUCUUGAAAUGUCCCUUUAACCACUUUGCGACACUGCAGCACAUUUUAACAUGAGCUGAGUAUAAUUGCCCACCCUUCUAUUUCAUUAUGUCCACCAAAUUACAUUUUUGCCCAAGUUUGACAUUAUUGGAGAAAAUACAUUUAAAAGUUAUUUUGCAACUUUGCUGCUUAGGAAAGAUUAGCCUACAGUGUUAGUUGAACUUAAAAUGUGUAAAAUGACCUCUGUGUCACAUUUAAUAUUGGCUAAAAAAGUUGGAAUCAUAAUAUAUCACAAUUACAUCUUCGUAAUGGGUUUUUGCACUUUUUGAUCUUAUGCCCUGGUUUUCAUUACACUUCAUCAUCAAGUGCAACACAAACCACAGCAGGAGACUACUUCGCCUCUUAUCGAGGUGUCAUCGAUUGAUUUAAUGAGAUGAAAACAUCUUUUACAUGUUACUUAAGCUCUUAAGUUAUGUAGAUAUGUGUCUUGUCCUUUAACUAUUUAUUUUUAUGUGUGUUUAUGUGCAUACUAUUGUAAAUAAUUUACAGGGGUGGGUUUUUAUGUGUUCAUUUACAGCUAAUUCAAUGUGCAUGCAAUGGGCACCCUCUGCUGGUGACUUGAUGUGUUGCUCUCUGCUCAUGCCUGGUUUAUCAUUAAAUAAAACCAAAUACAUUCCA